AAACGGAGGUUUUGGAUUCCGGAAGAACCAAAAAGCUUUUCCCUUUUCUUUUCUUUUCCCCUUCUGCCUUUCCUGCGAUUCUGAAAUAUCUCUGCAUGAUCUUCGAUCAGAUUCGUAGCAAUGGCGUUUCUUCGUGAUCAUUGACUGUUCCCAUUGUAAAAGAGAGUGGGUUCCCCGUCGUUCUCCGCCGCCGGGAGAUGGCCAAUCCGCCAAAUUCGCCACUAAAUCCUCCGCAAUCGGCGGAUUCUUGGUCGUUGUUGUGUCUUCUCGCUAAGGUGUGUACUCCGACCUAGGGCGACCAAAGGAAAGAUCUGUAACUCGUUGAUUUGAUCCGAUCAAUCGUGUCGAAGGCGCACAAGCAUUCCAUCCGAUCGGCGGUUGUCGGAGACACACGGGAAACGGUAGCGCCGGAUUUCAAUCGGAGGAUCUGUAGCCGUCCGAUUGGAGGACUGGUUCGUCUGAGACAAUGGGCAAAGGGUGGUUUGUCGUGGAGAAGACGAGAAGAUGCGCAAGGACACUGUUUUUCAUGGUGGCGAUGGUGGCUUCGCUUUUGGUGUCGUCGUUGCCGGUGCUUGUGGCCAUUGUAGACGUGCUCGUCCCGAGUUUCCUGUUGUCUAGCUUCACUUGCCUGACUUGCUACGGCGUGAAGGAACAUCUGCGUCGAUAUGGUUUCAAGAGCUCUUUGACCGAUAUACCUCUCGUCUCCGUCGUCAGAUCUUUCCUAGUCAUCUGUGUCUAUUCCCUAUCCGAUGGUCCAGCCCUCUCGCACGGUCCUUACCUGGGAGCCGUGUCGUUGUGCUCUGUAGUUUCAGUUCUUCUUCUUUCAGUUAAAGCUUGCAUCUUCACUGUAAAUACUCAACUCGAGGCUGAAGCUUCAUUAUCUCUGUCAAGGCAACGGCUCCACCUUAAGAAGUCGUGGGGGAUGCCGGUUUUGUUCCUCUCAUCUGUGGUUUUUGCCCUUGGACAUACAGUUGUAGCAUAUAGAACUAGUUGCAGAGCAAGGAGGAAAAAUUUGUACCACAGAGCGGACCCUGAAGCUGUCCUUACAUGCAAAAGUGUUUUCUCUGGCUACCAGAAAGUGCCACGUUCUCCCACACCCUCGGUAGGAAAGGCCUCCAAGAUUGAUAUGGAGUCGAGGCGAAAGCCUCUGCCAACGGCCAACGAUGAAGGAGAGCUCCCAGUGAGAUUGCUUGCUGAUCUUGACAGCCUAUUCAUUACAAUCCGAGCACUCACUGUGCAUUACAAGCUAUGUGUACCUGGUUCUACUCUUCAGUCCAUCUCCUCAGCUUCCCCUGUUGAAGUGGAGACAAUGGCAGGAAGGUUGAAACCUGACAGGAAAGCAUUGAGUAUGAUUAACAAAACCCAGCAUCACCAUCAGCAUCACCACAGGAGCUACAGCAGUCAAUUUAACGGUUGUUCCUUGCACGUCCCGCUUCUUGAUGGUUCGCCUACUUCUCUUCCGUUGAAGGAAAUUCAGGACGGGAUUAGUCAAGAUGAGGGCAUGACUCUUUCCAAUAUUGCGGGGCUGGAGCAGGGUUGUGAUGGAAACAGUCAGUUUGGGAUAGUCCUGGUUCAUGGGUUUGGAGGAGGAGUGUUUUCUUGGAGACAUGUGAUGGGGUCACUGUCUCAUCAGCUUGGCUGUGUUGUUGCUGCAUUUGAUAGGCCUGGUUGGGGAUUGACUGCCAGGCUGCACCACAAGGAUUGGGAAGAAAGGGAGUUGCCCAACCCUUACUCACUUGAAAGUCAGGUAGAUUUGCUUCUAGCUUUCUGUCAUGAGAUGGGCUUCUCUUCAGUAGUUUUUGUCGGUCAUGAUGAUGGCGGUCUGCUCGCUAUGAAAGCUGCACAAAGAAUAAAAACAUCAAACAAUGCCGUAAAUGUUGCAGUUAAGGGGGUGGUUUUGCUUAAUGUAAGCUUGUCAAGGGAAGUAGUUCCUGCUUUUGCGAGAAUACUUCUGCACACAUCAUUAGGAAAGAAGCACCUUGUCCGGCCUCUUUUGCGUACCGAAAUAGUCCAGGUGGUGAACCGACGUGCUUGGUAUGAUGCUACCAAGCUGACCUCGGAGGUCUUAAGGCUAUACAAAGCCCCGUUACAUGUAGAAGGAUGGGACGAGGCUCUUCACGAGAUAGGUAGAUUGUCGUACGAGAUGGUGCUUCCUCCUCAAAACACAUCGACGCUUCUGAAGGAUGUGGAAGAAUUGCCAGUCUUAGUCAUUGCAGGAGCAGAAGAUGCCCUUGUUCCUCUAAAGUCAUCCCAAACCUUGGCUUCCAAACUCGUAAACUCUAGGAUAGUGGCGAUAUCGGGAUGCGGGCAUCUACCACACGAGGAGUGUCCCAAGGCGCUGCUUGCGGCCAUGUCUCCUUUCAUCAGCAGACUUUUACUUAGGCAAGAUCUGCUUGAUCAUCAAUAGCCAAAUCUGUGCCCAUUUCGUCUUAGCAAUACGGUCGGUCGAUUUGAUUAGUUUGUGUCAGACCCAAUGCUUUCUUUUCCUUGCAAAAGGAGGAAGGAGUUUGGGGUCGGAGGUCCAGACAGAGUACCAUAUUUAUCUGCCACUCGAAAGAUGAGUUGCAGAGCCGCGUUGUCUUCGUACAUUCAUCAGGUCUGGAAUGUGUGAUUUCGGCAACCUCUUGUAAUGUGAAAGAAAUAUACUCCCUUCAUACUCGGUUCA